AUGCCGUCGGAACUACCGACCACCACAGUUUUCAGUUCCGUGCCUCAUCCAGUCCCUCAGACCACAUCGAGUAUGACUCCAGUACCCAGAUCGACGGAUGUGGAUUCGGAUCGAUUCACUCAGAGCGGACCACACUAUCCGGUUACAAUUUAUUCUCCCCAAUUAGGUCGUCAUUUUACCCUAUCCAGUAGGGCUAAUUUGUGCGGAAUGCGGGUAUCACGUGGCUUUACACCACCGGGUAGUGUGGCCCGGCGUAUGCCUGUUUCGAAACUGAUUACAGCAACCAAGUUUAGCUCGUGUACUAAUUCUCCACUGGCAACACAUAAACCGGUCACCGAGAAUGUGAAUGGUCAGAGUGCCACUCAUGAGUGA